CUGUCUCUCUUUAUCCCUAUCAGUUCAACCGUAGUUUAUGGUUGCGCGGUACUGUUGGAUACUAGCUCUCUUAUCCAGUCUGUUCUCAUCAUCUGUUUGAGCCCAGUUUCGCUCAAAACUGUUCUGACUCUCAUCGGCUUUCACAAAUCUGAAGCACGGAAAACUGUAACUACUGUCCGAGUAGAUGCAAAGCAGUGCACACUUGUAAAGUAG